UGCACGCGUUUUCUAAAACAUGCUACGGACCAAUAUUUCAUUAGCCUGCUAGUGUUGAGUAAUGGCAAGAAGCUAGCCAGACAGCUAGCUAGCUAAAUGGGACCUCAAAACCAAGCAGCCCUCCAAACAAAAGGCAACAUCUGGAUGUACAACUGCAUUUUGCUGGAAGUGGGUCAUAACUGGAAACUAUCAGCAAUGCUAUUUUAAAUAGCCUGCAAUACAGCGCCGUCGGACACAGAUUUUUUUGCUAGCUAGCUAGUUAGCUAAAUAUUUUAUUAGCUUUAUUGAUAGCUAGCUAGUUACAAAAAUAUCAGAAAUUUGUGUGGAUUAACAUAACACUUACGAAGGUUUGUGUGAUUUUGCUAAAAUGCAUCACCAACAGCGAAUGGCUGCCUUAGGGACAGACAAAGAACUCAGCGACUUAUUGGAUUUCAGUGCGAUGCGAAACAGCGAUUUGAAAAUGUUCCCAACAUCAAUGAUGUUUUCUCCCCCCGUAAGCAGUGGAAAAAACGGACCAACAUCCCUCGGAAGCGGACAUUUCUCAGGCUCAAAUCUUGAAGACAGAGCCAGCUCUGGGUCUUGGGGAAACGGAAACCGCCCAUCAAAGACCUACGUGGAUGGCUCGCAGUACUCCCACAUGACGAACCGGGACAUGGGAUCACAUGACAGCAUCUCCCCUCCCUAUGUCAACUCCAGGCUAGCAGGUAAAGCGGAGAGAGCAGCCUACACAUACGGAAGGGAGUCCAAUUUACACGGGUGUCAUCAGCCGAGCCUCCUGGGAGGAGAGAUGGGCAUGGGCAGCCCCGGCGCGGCGUCGCCCACCAAACCGGGCUCGCAGUACUACCAGCACUACAGCAACAACCCGCGGCGGAGACCCCUGCACAGCGACGCCAUGGAGGUCCAGACCAAGAAAGUGCGGAAGGUUCCCCCUGGUCUGCCCUCCUCAGUAUACGCCCCGUCUGCAAGCACUGCUGACUACAAUCGAGACUCGCCGGGGUACCCCUCCUCCAAGCCCCCCAGCAGCACCUUCCCCAGCUCCUUUUUCAUGCCAGACGGCCACCACAGCACCGACCCAUGGAGCUCCUCCAGCGGGAUGAACCAGCCGGGCUACAGCGGCAUGCUGGGGAACUCCACGCACGGCCCCCAGAGCAGCAGCUACUGCGGCCUGCAUCCACACGAGAGGCUUAGCUACCCGUCGCACUCCUCAGCAGACAUCAAUUCCAGUCUUCCUCCAAUGUCCAGUUUUCACCGCAGCGGAACGAAUCACUACAGCGCCGCCUCCUGCACGGCGACCACGAACGGAACAGACAGCGUCAUGGCAAAUAGAGCGGCGAGCGGGGCGGGGAGCAGCUCUCAGACCGGGGACGCCCUGGGCAAGGCCCUGGCAUCGAUCUAUUCUCCCGAUCACACGAACAACAGCUUCUCGUCCAACCCGUCAACUCCUGUCGGAUCGCCCCCCUCGCUGACAGCAGCGAGCACGGCCGCGUGGUCCAGGAACGGAGGACAGGGGCCGUCCUCCCCCAACUACGAGGCCCCGCUGCACUCCCUGCAAAGCCGCAUCGAGGACCGGCUGGAGCGGCUGGAUGACGCCAUCCACGUGCUGCGGAGCCACGCGGUGGGGCCCUCCACCGGCAUCCCCAGCGGCCACGGCGACAUGCACGGCUUGAUAGGGGCGUCGCACAACGGCGCCAUGGCCGGCCUGAGCUCCGGCUACGGCACGGGCCUGCUGUCGGCCAACAGACACUCCAUCAUGGUGGGGGCGCACCGUGAGGACGGCGUGGGCCUGCGUGGCAGCCACCCCAUCGUGCCCAACCAAGUGCCAGUGCCCCAGCUGCCCGUACAGUCGGCCACGUCACCGGACCUGAGCCAGCCACCGGAUCCCUACCGUGCCCUGUCCGGCGGGCUGCAGGGCCAGAGCACCUCGUCGGUCAGCUCCGAGAUCAAGUCCGAGGACGAGGGGGACGAGAACCUGCAGGACGCCAAGUCCCUGGAGGGCAAGAAGGACGACGGCGACGCCAAGGACCUCAAGUCAAUUGAUAGGUCAAGACCUAGCAAUAACGACGACGAGGACCUGUCCCCCGAGCAGAAGAUCGAGCGGGAGAAGGAGCGCAGGAUGGCCAACAACGCGCGCGAGCGUCUGCGCGUGCGCGACAUCAACGAGGCCUUCAAGGAGCUGGGCCGCAUGGUGCAGCUCCACCUGAAGAGCGACAAGCCCCAGACCAAACUGCUCAUCCUGCACCAGGCCGUGGCCGUCAUCCUCAGCCUGGAGCAGCAGGUCCGAGAGAGGAACCUGAACCCCAAGGCGGCCUGCCUGAAGAGGCGGGAGGAGGAGAAAGUGUCGUCGGACGGGCCCCCGCUCUCCCUGGCGGGGGCGCACCACAGCAUGGGCGACGCCAAUCCCAUGGGACAAAUGUCCAAGUUGCCGGAGUUCAUCAAAAUGAUGAGCGACCACUUCCUUUGACAACGUUAUCCUUUCCCCACCAUCCAACCAGUCAAAUCAAUCAAAUCAAUCAACCAACCAACCAUCUGACCCAACACUUUUGUCUCCUCCCCCCAUCCUUUCUUGUGUAGAGGUAACUGCAAAUGUACAGUGGCUAAGGAAACAGACACAAGAGGUUUUUUUUUCAGCAUUCCCAUUAAAAAAAAAAAAAAACAAAAAACAAAAACUAACAAAAAAAAAGCGCAACUUGAUGGACGAGUCUCCAAACAUAUCAUUAGGAAUGUUGUAAAAAAACGUUGCAGAGCUGUCGAGAGCAGCCCUUUGAGUGGCAAUCUUCUCCACACUGUGGAACCCUUGCAGUUGUGCCUGAACUCCUCUUGGAAGUAUAAACAAAUAAAAAAGUAUAUAUAUACGCAGUAUAUGUAAUCAGCCUGUAGGUCUUCAGGGGAGGGGGUUAAACAAACUAAAAAAAAAGGAAAAGGAUGAUUUAAAGUCUCAUGAAAUUGUAAAACUUGCAAUAAUGAAAAAAAAAGUGUACUUCUAAACAGGACAGACGAUCUUACGAUAACAUUUUGUUGGGGUUCAUAGUUGGCUAAGUGUGGCUUUGUACUGGAGAAGAGAAGUACUGCCGCCCCUAUAGCGACUUCAAACCAGCAAAUGUCCCGAUUGUGACUUCAGCGAUUUUUUUCAUUGGGCGUUCCUUUGCACGGGCAGAGCAGACGUAUCUUUUUUGGGCGUAGGGGGAGGUCGGCAGUAACGGUUUGUUUAAAAGUUGCUUCGUGGCUGGAGGCUGCUGAGUGGUCAGGAAAGGGGGACAGGCUCGUGCAUCCGGUGCAGGCGGACGGAGGGUCGGUCGGUCAGUUCGGUUGGGCCGGAGGGGGCGCACGCCCCCCACGCCGCCGCUGACGGCGAAGGGUAGAGCAGCCGAGGCCUAGCCGUCCAUCACUUCGCUUUUUCAGUCUUACCCAGGUCCUUCCGCACCCUGCCCCGCCCCAAACCCCGCC